CUCCCUCACCUCCCCAUUAGCCUCCAAGAACUAGAUUGAGAGGGAGAUGGACGCGGCGGUGAAAGGGCGGAAGGCGCCGGCGGAGGUGGGGAUCCAGAUGCCGGAGGUGGCGAAGGUGGCGGCAGCGGCGGACUCCGGGACAAUGAGCGGGCCGCUGGUACCGGUGACGGGAGGGACAGACAGCGCCGCCGAGGGCGGGCGGCGGUGGGAGGUGGCCGGAGCGGUGGUGCGGGCGGUGACAGUGGUCUCGUCGCUGCUGGCGUUGGCGCUGAUGGUCUCGGCGGAGCAGCGCGGGGAGCUCUCGCUCUUGGGCUUCCAGCUCCCACUCUACUCCAAGUGGUCCUUCUCCGACUCCCUCGAGUAUCUGGUGGGGAUCUCGGCGGCGGUGGCGGCGCAUUCGCUGUUACAGCUCCUACUCACCAUGAGGAAGCUGCUGAAGAAAGCGCUGGUCAUCCCAUCUCGUCGUCAUGCGUGGGUUAUAUUUGCCGGCGAUCAGGCUUUUGCAUAUGCUAUGAUGAGUGCGGGCUCAGCUGCAGCUGGUGUGACCAACUUGAACCGCACAGGGAUCCGGCACACUGCACUUCCAGACUUCUGUAAGCCUCUGCACCGGUUCUGUGACCGCAUGGCUAUCUCAAUUACAUUUGCUUUUAUUAGCUGCCUCCUUCUAGCUAUCUCUGCAAUUCUGGACGUGCUUUGGUUGUCCAGGUCCUGAGUGCUUUAAAAUCCCACUUGCUACCAUACCUAUGUUCCAUGUAAAGAUAAACUAAAAAUUAGAGUACAUGACUUUGGAUAUUUUGUUCAGAAUGGAUGAUCUGAAAUGCCUCGAGAUUUGCUCUUGUA